AUAAAUGUGCGGACAGUCGACUCUACGUUUACAAACACUGUUGGCUGUGGUGUUGGGGGUAUUGUUGGCACCAAAGGUGUGAAGUCAUUCAUUGUGGGCGGAGUGGGCGCCGAACCCCUAGAGCUGCCAUUCAUGGUAUCGCUUCAGGUCUUCAGUACCAUUCAUGGCAACAAAUUUGUCAACUUUUGCGGCGGAAGUGUACUCAACGAGCGGUGGAUAUUGACGGCCGCCCACUGUGUGGAGCCCCUCAUGCCGUCCGAUAUCAAGUUGAUUAUAGGGGCCGUCUAUUACGAUAAUUAUACAGAUGAAAACGUUUAUAAAACGGACAAAUGGGUGAUCAAUGGGUGCUAUAAGUUUGAUAAAAUGGAUUUUAUGGCCGAAGAUAUCGCACUGAUUCAUACAGAGACUGCUAUUAAAAUUAAUGGCCAGAAUAUAGCGGCAAUUUGUCUGCCGGCGCCGGGCGUUCAGCCCAUUGGCAGUGAUGUGUGGAUCGCCGGUUGGGGCGUUUGGGACCCGGACUGGGAAGAGCCGUCUCGUAAGUUACAAAAAGUUUACACUAAGAUUGUGAACGAAGAGAUGUGUCACGUGUACGAGUGGUUCCGUAAUGUCGGUCUUUGGCGGUUUCCCGAAGGCAUACGUUUCUGUGUUAUGAAUGAAGAUUCAACCGUAUGUCGGGGUGAUUCCGGCGGACCUUUGAUGCAAAUAAUGAACGGAACGGGUGAUUCCGGCGGACCUUUGAUGCAAAUAAUGAACGGAACGGUAUAUCAAUUGGGAAUCGCAUCGUUUAUAUCAGUAACACUCCCGGUGUUUAAUCGCUGUUCAAAAGGCAAUCCAGCGUUUUAUUUAAAGACCGAGCGAUUAAACCAAUGGAUCGGCGAUACGAUCGCAAAGUACGACCAAAUGGCUACUAUAGAUGAGACCAUUUUCAAAACCAAAUGUUAG